AAAGCUGACGUGGUCCACGGUCAGCUUGGCUUUGUUUUUCCCCACCACGUCGAACAAAGUGUCCUCAACAGAGCAGAGCUUGAUCUGGUCCAGGACUGGGUCACAGGUAGCGGUGCCCUGAUGGAGGAGUCUCCGGAGGCAAGAGGAGCUGAGCCUGACUCGGAGUCGAAACAUGUCUCUGGACCUGGGGUUCAACAUGUGUAUGAACUUGUCUUCAUGAUGUCUUCUUUACUAUCGCCGCACCGGAUCACACCCCAAGCCCGGUCUGCCUCAUUGCGUUGAUAAAGAAACACUGAUAAAAACCACCGGUUCACUCACCGGGUCGCAUGAAGCUGGUACCAAGACGAGCGACUGGGGUCAAGAGGCAGGAGACAGGUCAACCACUUCAGAGUCACCAUUUAACCUCUGAAUGGUUAAUAUGGUUGGUGGAUAGUGCAAGAUCAAAAGGCUUUUACAGCUGAAGCUAAAAGCUUCCCAUGGCCUGACAAUUUACCUUAAUACAACAACACACACAGGGACAGAGAGAGACACCACUGUGUGAAUUGGCCAGUGACUACAUUUAGCUCUUCUGUUACAUUCACCUUUGGGUUGCUAAUAAACUUGAGCUUUCCUCUUGAGGUCUGCCUUGUUUUCAAAACACAAGAUUAAUAUUUAUCAAGCUGUUUAUUGUUAUCAACCAAAUGGCUAAUUUCAAGAAAGAAUGAUCAUUGUUAUUCCCCUUUUUCGUUGAGAGUCAACACUCAACUGCUAUAAAAAAAAGAAUCAUUUCUUGUAUAAUUUGAUCCUGAUUUUCUGUCAAUAACUUUAUAUAAUAGCUUUCCUUUAUCUUUAUAAAUUUAAAUGCAAUGUGAUUAUCACUGUCAUUAGGACACCAUAAACACAAACUCAGCUCAAGUCUAGAUGCAAAUGUUGGGCGUGUCUGUGUUGAAAGAAUAGUGACAUGCCCAGGGUGUGUCCAAAUGUUGGACAGAGACCCUGUCGACAACAAGUUUUCAAUGAUGAAAGGAUGAGACAGUGUGUGUGAUCCGAUGAUUAUUAGUCUUUGAUCAGGAACUCAACUGUUUAGAGGAAGCGGCAGCUGUCUGUCUUUGUUCAAGUGUGUUUGGACACUUCAGCACACAGUGAUCCGUCCCAUCACGACCACCCCACCCUCACAUUCCCACGUGAACUGUGGGUGUCCAGUUGCUGCUGGUUAUUUCUGCUCACAUCCCCUCCACUCCUGCAGCCGCACCGUGGACUCAAGUGGAAUCACGGAGGGGGUUGAACAGACACUCUCUAUCAAAUCCCAAAAAUAGCCCAGAGGGUGGCUGGCCGCGGACCCCAGCACGGUCCAGAGGAGUCAUGUGUACAACUUUGUCCUCCCACAACACACACACACAGACGAUACAGGGAGCUCUUCAGUCAGAAGUCACUUGUGGAUUUACUUGUGAGCAGUAGGAGUGACUCAGAGUGUCACAUGAGUCUGCUGCAGUUGGAGCAGAAAAUCAGACUUUGUUUGAGAGAGUUUGAGGCAGCGUUCACUCUUGGACCAUGAAGCUCAGCGUGGCACUGUUCUUUGCCGGGCUCUUUGGUGCGUUGGCAGCAGUUUUCAUCCUCUUGUCUUUUGGAACCGACUACUGGCUGCUGGCCUCUGAGGGGUGCUAUCCAAAUCCUGACGAAACGACUGACCUAGUUGGUGUGGCAUCAGAGAAUGACAAACUGGUGAACCAAAACAGAGACAUCACUCUGUACCAUGAAGGAUUCUUCUGGCGAUGUUCUUUCGGAGGCAACCAGGCAGACAACAACUUGCUUUGGAAUCUCUGGUUCACAAAUCAACCUCACUCCAAAGUCUGCAUGCACUCCUACCUGUUCCCCUUCCCCGUGUCCCAGCAGACCCACAACGCCACCCAGUAUGACUCUGCCAUCAUCUACAGAGGCUUCUGGAGCGUCUUCAUGCUCCUGAGUGUGGCGGCCGUGGUUCUGGCUGGAUUCACCAUCAUCUGUGCCGCUCCGUUCGCCAGCCACUGCUUGUACAAAGCCGGAGGUGGACUCUUCCUGGUUUCUGGCCUCUUCCUGCUGUGUGUGGUGGUGAUGUACGUCCUCUGGAUACAAGUCCUGGAUGUGGUGACGGUCUACAUAGACCACCAGAGAACUGCCGUGUGUCCAGAUUUCCAGCUGACCCUCAGCUACGGUCUGUCCUUCAUGUUCGCUCCCAUCGGCGUCUUCUUCUGUCUCUUAGCCGGAUUUCUAUUUCUGCUCAUCGGCCGAACGGUCAAGAUCCACUUCAACUGAUUUCAUUUGUUAGUGACUGUAGGUCGACGGUUUUAACUUUCACCCAUGAAUGUAAAUGUUUCAUGCAGAUACAUCUUUUUGAAUUUAAGAAACACAACCCGUGUACGCGAGCGUGUGAACAUAUAAAGCAUAUGCACUUUAUCUAAUGUGGAUAUGUAGACAAAAUCUUUUGGUUUAUUGAUAUGAGAAAGUAGAGUGUGGACUUGAGCAUGAUCACUGGUUUCUGCUGUAUUUCUGGAAGCCUUGGAGUAUGAUGUUCUAUUUUUAUUAUUGUGCAUAAAU